AUGCCUAUGUGCAUGAAGCGCAAGGGCGGUGGAGGACAGUGUGACGAAGUGCCGUCACUACAGAUGAGUGUUUGCUCUGACUGCCACACUAUGGAGCCUGGCUCAUUGUUUUUGGAUCAUAUCAAAUUGUAUUACGCUCUCUCUCUCUCUCUCUCUCUCUCUCUCUCUCUUAGGCUCUCUGAUUGUCUCAUCUCAGAAAAGGGUUGUAUUUGUCUGGCUUCAGCUCUUUCUUCAAACCCCUCCCACCUAAAAGAGCUGGAUCUGAGCUACAAUUAUCCCGGAAAAUCAGGACUGAGGCUGUUAUCUGUUAGACUGGAGGAUCCUGACUGUAAACUGGAAAAGCUUAAAACUGACCAUGCUUCAGUAAGCAGAGCUCGACCACGUUUGCUGAGAUAUGCCUGUGAGCUCACACUGGACCCAAACACAGCAGGCAGAAAUCUCUCUCUCUCUGAUGGGAACAGAAAGGUGACAUAUGUGAAAGAGGAUCAGCUGUAUCCUGACCACCCAGAGAGAUUUGGCUGCUGGUAUCAGGUGUUGUGUAUAGAGGGUCUGUCUGGACGCUGCUACUGGGAGGCUGAGUGGAGUGGGGUUGAGGCUGAGAUAGCUGUGGCGUAUAAAAGCAUCCAGAGGAAAGGGUGGAGUAAUGACAGCACACUGGGACGUAAUGACAAGUCCUGGAGUCUGUACUGCUCUCCUGACAGUUACUCUGCCUGGCACAAUAAUAAACACACUGGCAUACCUGUCCCCUCCUCCCACUCCAGCAGAGUAGGAGUGUACCUGGACAGGCCGGCCGGUACUCUGUCCUUCUACAGCGUCUCCUCUGACACACUCACACACCUGCACAUGUUCCACUCCACAUUCACUGAGCCCCUCUAUCCUGGGUUUUAUGUUUGGGAUCAUAACUCCUCAGUGUCCCUGUGCCAGAUCACAUGACCUCCUCAUGCUGCAGGAACACAGGAGUCACCCACUCCUAUUCAUA